GGGCACGAACUACAUAAUGUGUUGCUCGAAACUCUUCCUCUUUGUCAUCAUAGUUAGAAUGGUUGAGCCGCCUCUCUGGAAAUUUACUAGGGCUCUCGGUGGACAAUGAUUCGGUGCUCUUUGGAGCUGUUCGGCUGAGGUUAACUGGACAGUUAUCACUCAACAUGGAGGCGAAGAAAAAGAACUUCUUGGAGAACUUACGUCUGAAGACGAAGUUGCUCAACCUGAAGAAGCCAGGGAAGAAGGCCCUUGCCAAGAAGGGAAGGAACCUGGGCCAUCGGCGCAGUAUUUCUGUGCCAGACUUAAGGUUGUUGCCAGGUGAAGCGGAUUCUACAGACAGCGUGGACCACUUGUCAUCCACUCCCAAUGAUGCCAUCUACUUUGGCCACUCUCCUGGUCAGAGUGAUUCUGAUUCUAUUACAAGUGGCUCUAUCGCUAAUGGUUCACUUUACACAGACAAACUGAACGAGUCAGCCCCAGAAAGUAGACUCAAAGGUCUCAAGGAUCGCACAGAUGUUGCUCUCAAUAGAAUGAGUGCACCAGUGGGACUUUAUGAGGAAAUUGAGGAUAUGAUGAAUUCACGCUCCCAGAACAGGGUGACUCGAGAAGGCUUGUAUGCACAAGUAGAUAAAAAACCGAGGGGGAAUAUACCUAAAUUCACUUUCGACCCUAUUCCUGCACCAAGAUCUGUUUUUACCAGCGCACUUCCACCAAGACCAGACCUUGGAGAGAGAGUGAGUCUCUCUGGUGGAGAAGCCUCAGGAGACCGAGUGUCUUCAGGUGCUGUUGCUGCAGUAUUGCUCAGAGCAAGCUCACUGGGAGACCAAAUGAACACUUACGCACUAAAGAAGAACCCAUCAUUUGAGUAUAAAAAGGCAGCAUCUGAAAAAGGAACUCCGCCAAGAACCAGAGCAACUACUCCUGCAGAUUCGAUGUCUCUGAUAUUAGAUACCCUGAGUACUCCUUUGGAGAGUGCAGAUGGCACCUCUCUGGACUCUGGCGGUGGAAGUCCUACUGAGGAGCGAGUCAACAUGCCCUGGACGACAGACUUGGAGGAACACGACCGAGAAGUCUCCCCCUAUUUGAUCAGAGACUUCACCAUAGAAGAGGCUCUGCUAGAAGAAGCCCAGGAUGAGGAGGCCCUGGAAGAAACAGAGGAGAUGUCCAGUGAACCGCUUGAUUUCUUUGACGAUAAUAUGCAAGAUCCUCUGGAAAACUCUCAGGGUAUGAUACCAGGGCCUGACUUCCAAAUACCUGACCCGUGCCAGAGAUACCUCCUGAACAUCAACCUGAAGCAGGGAAGGAACCUGGUCAUCAGAGACAAGCGCUCCGGCACCAGUGAUCCUUAUGUGAAGUUCAAACUUGAAGGAAAGCAGUUCUAUAAAAGCAAAGUGGUUUAUAAAAGCCUGAACCCACGUUGGAACGAGUCCUUCUCCCAUCCUCUUCGAGACAGAGAGCACCCCGUGGAAGUUCGGGUCUACGAUAAAAAUCGGACCGCUGACGAGUUCAUGGGUUCCAACAUUAUUACCCUGAAUAAUCUUGAAUUGUACAAAACCUAUGAAAUGGAGUUGCGUCUCGAUGAUCCAAAAAGUAAAGAAGAUGACAUGGGAGUUAUUAUUGUUGACGUCUGCUUAAUGUUUAGAGAUGCCACCAUCAAAAGAAGCCCUGUAAGAAAAUGGCCACCAAAGAAGAAUAAGCAGAACCUGGCCGCACCAACCCCGCGGCCAGCUGAGACGCAGAGGAAUCAGCUGAGGAACCAGAUGUGGACUGGGGUGCUUGGUAUCGCCUUGGUGGAGGGUCAGGACCUGCCGCAGCAGGGCCAUGGGGACAUCUACGUCCGCUUUCGCCUCGCUGAUCAGAAGUACAAGAGCAAGAACCUCUGCAUUCAGGCCAAUCCCCAGUGGAGAGAGCAGUUUGACUUCAAUCAGUUUGAAGAUAACCAGGAACCCUUGCAGGUGGAGGUGUACUCCAAGAGAGGGAGGAAGGGUGAGGAAUCAUGGGGGAUGUUUGAGAUUGACGUAUCGAGACUUUCACUGAAUGAGAAGCAGCACUACACUCAUGUGUUGAACCCAGGAAAGGGCAGACUGGUGGUUCUGGUCACCCUGAGACCCUGCUGGGGAGUCUCCAUCUCUGACAUCGAAACUGCUGCCUUGGAGAAGCCUGACGAGAGAGACGCAGUACUGGAGAAAUUUAGCUUAAAGAACUCACACAAGUGUGUGGGGGAGGUCGGCUUCCUUCAGGUCAAAGUUGUAAAGGCAAAUGAUCUUCCUGCCACAGACCUCAAUGGAAAAAGCAACCCUUUUUGUGUUGUUGAGCUCGGUAACAGCAAACUUCAAACUCACACAAUCUACAAGACCCUCAAUCCGGAGUGGAACAAAGCCUUUACAUUCCCAAUAAAGGACAUUCAUGAUGUGAUAGAGUUGACUCUCCUCGAUGAAAAUGGAGACAAAGCCCCAAACUUUUUGGGGAAAGAGGCCAUUCCUUUACUGACUGUCCAGAAUGGGCAACAGAUAUGUCUGUUCUUGAAGAAAGAAAACUUGGGAAGUGCAUCAAAGGGAACCAUCACACUGGUGCUGGAGGUGAUCUAUAACAAAGUCAGAGCCGGUAUCCGAACCUUCCAGCCGAAGGAGUCCAAAUUAAUGGAGGAAAACCUAAAGUUCUCCAAAAAGGUCCUUGCCCGGAAUAUAUAUCGGGUUCGAAAAAUCAGCACAGCAGUUCUGUACACGUUACAGUACAUUAAAAGCUGUUUUCAAUGGGAGAGCACGCAACGGAGUCUAAUAGCCUUUCUGAUCUUCCUUGUGACGGUGUGGCACUGGGAGCUCUUCAUGCUGCCCCUCUUCCUGCUGCUGCUCAUUGGCUGGUUCUACUUCCAGCUCUCUGCGGGGAAGGCCAGCUCCAACCAGGACCUAGUGAACAUGAGCAUGGGUGACGACGAGGAGGAAGACGAGAAGGACUCAGGAAAAAAGGGUUUGAUGGAUAAGAUACAUAUGGUGCAGGAAGUCGUGCUGGCUGUCCAGAACGUUAUGGGGGAAAUCGCAAACAUCGGAGAGCGAACCAAGAACAUAUUCAACUGGUCUGUCCCCUUCUUGUCGUGCAUGGCCUGCAUGAUGCUGUUUGUGACAACAGCGCUCUUAUAUUUCAUCCCACUGCGAUAUAUCGUGCUGAUAUGGGGCGUUAACAAAUUUACCAAGAAGCUGCGCAACCCAUAUACUAUUGACAAUAAUGAAAUACUGGAUUUCCUCAAGAGGGUGCCUUGUGAUGUUCAAAAGGUGCAGCGCAGCGCGCUGAGAGCGCCCACCAGCCAGAACCAGCCGCGGAAGAAAAGGUAAGCUUCGCGGACACGCUGGAUGAAAGGCUGGUCUCCUUUUGAAUACGGUACGACGCAGUCCACCUGACAACAAUGCCCCGGUGCCAGCAGAGCCCGUGACCCCGUGCACCCCACCGUACCACCCUAACUCUGCCCCCUGCUGCUGAGGGGCAGCCAGCCGCUCUCUGGCUUGUGUGUUUGCCCCCCCCCUGACAGAGGCUGUGAACUGCAGCAGCUAGGAGGGCAGCACAUGGCGCUGUCAAUCACAAGCCUGGAGGUAAAGAAAAGAGAGAGCUGCAAGGCUCAGCCUUCAUCUUUGGAUAUAAUUUAGAAAAGGAAUGAAAAGCGUCGGGUAUGGCUUACCUUAGACCUCCACUGUUUUGCUUCUUUUUUUUUUGACUUUGGGGAAACUAAGAAAUUUGCCUUCAGGUUAAGUUAAUACAAGCUUUCUGGAAAACAAAUCAUAUUUUACCUCAUCUGUGUGUUAAUAUAAUUAAAGGUCAAAAGGUCAUAUAUAUCGCAAUAAAUAAUAAUCAAAAUAAUAUGCUUUUUCACACAUUUUAAAUAACGUACUGACUGCUAUUCUUUUUGUGGUAAGGAUUUACUGUAUAAUAAAAAGGCUGUCAGUUUUCUUUCUUUUAUUUCAGCAACAAAUAUAUAUUCAUGCACAGCAUGUGUAUUAUUUCCAGCUGACUUUAUGUGUUACUGUGUGUUAGCCUGAUUAAUGUGAGUUUUAUUUUUACUCAAUAUCUUGUCUGCAUCAUCAACUGGAGAAUUUGCAGGAAUCCUGUAUAAAGAAUCGUGAUCAGUUUGA